AUGCCUUUCGCAGUAUGGUGUGACAACUGCAAACCGCACCCCGUCAUAAUCGGCCAAGGUGUGCGCUUCAAUGCAGAGAAAACCAAAGUCGGGAAUUACUACUCAACCCCCAUCUACACUUUCCGCAUGAAACACACCGUCUGCGGCGGCACCAUCGAGAUAAAAACCGAUCCCCAGAACACCGCAUACAUUGUCACCGAGGGUGGACGCAAGCGAGAUCUUGGAGAAGACAAGCCCCUCCAACCAGGCGAAAUCGCCAUCAAGCCCUACGCCUCGAACCAAGAUCCAGCGGAGAAGGACCCUUUCUCGAAGCUUGAAAACAAGAUAGAGGACAAGACUCGCGCCAAGACAGAGGCCAACCGCAUCCUCGAGCUCCAGAAGGCCCGCGACAGGGACUGGGACGACCCAUACACCAAGAACCAGAAGCUACGCCAGCAUUUCCGACAGGAGCGCAAGAGUCUCGAAAAGAAAGAUGCUGCUAAGGAAGCCCUGAAAGAAAAGUUCAGCAUUGACACUGAGAUACUCGACAUGACAGACGCAGACCGUCAGAAAGCGAGUGAAGUCCAUUACGGUGGAGACGCUGAAGCCAAGGAACUUCGCGAGGAGCGCGCCAUUCGUCUCAAACCCCUGUUUCCACCGCAUGAUUCUUUGCGCAAACCCAACCAUCCCGCCAAGCAUCGCACCACCCGCAAGGCCGAUUUGGUCGCCGCUCACAAAGCUGCCUGGCGCAGCGACAUCCUUGCAAAGGCUCGGGCUGAUAGAAAUCCUUUCGGUGGUCUGGAUGACCUGGAUGAUUGGACCGUCCAGAAGAAGCCUAGAAUUUCCCGGCCGUCUGGGCCUUUGGUCCGUGGGAAGCCCGUCAUCAAACCACAUGCUUCAUCCGCUGCUCCUGCAUCCAAGCCUGAUCACGAAACUGAGGCCCUAGCAGAUGCCUCCAAGACUCCACUUGUGGACUACCCUUCUGAUUCGGAGUAA